AUGGCUGGAUCUACCAGGACAACCAGAAAGGAAGGGAAUGUGCCCGUCGAGCAUGAAUGUCCGCUGAAUAUUCUUCCUCCCGAUAUAUGGGUGAGGAUUGCCACUAAGGUUGCAUCGAAUUCGAUUCAUGAUCUAUUCAACAUGCAGGCGAGUUGCAAGGUUUUUCUGGAUGCAGCGAGUUCCAAAGCUGUGUACAAACAUGCGACGAUGCGGGGGUUGACGGAGUAUUUCUGGAUUGCCCAUCGUGGCAUUGGGAUGGAACUGCUUCCUAGGGCCUCGACAGAGAGCAGCGUCGAAGCAGGUUACCUGUUUGCCAUGUUGCUACUGUGUGAUCACGAGAACGAAGAAGAAGUGCUAAAUGGUGUUGAAAUGUUAGAGUCUAUCCGUACUUCUGAAAAGGUCGAAAGGUGCAGGGAGUUCUUCGCGGACAUUUUCUGA